UAUCUAACAAGUUAACAUUUAAAUGACUAUACUAUGACAAUGUGCCAUUUUAAAUGGAACAAAUAAUGCUGAAUGUAGGCGUCGUUAUCCGCACGCCUCCCGCGCUGGCCGCCAAUAGCGAGCUUUUAAAAUAAAGGGGCGUUCGCCGACGCGUCUGAAACUUGAAACAAACUUUACAGCCGUCAAUACGCAAACAGAUAUAUCAGAGAGAACAUGUCCCUUUGUUCACUACGAAAUCUAACAAAAUGAGAUAAAUUGUCAUGAAAAAAUGCAAAACGAAAGUAAAACUGUUUCUGAAAGUGGUAGGAAGGCGUUGAGGACGCCGAAGUGUGCGAGAUGCAGGAACCAUGGCGUGAUCUCCUGCUUGAAGGGACACAAGCGGUUCUGUCGUUGGCGCGACUGCCGCUGCCCCGGGUGUUUGUUGGUGCUCGAGCGGCAGAGAGUUAUGGCUGCACAGGUAGCGCUGCGCCGGCAACAAGGCGCAGGCACGCCGCGGGGCAGUGAGGCCGCAGCGCUGGCCGCGCGCAAGAAGGCAUACCGAGCGCGCUUGCGCUGCAUGCAAAUGUCCCGAACUUAUCCAACACCACCACAACCCUAUGCCAGCAUGAGAUUGCUCAGCGACCCGGCAUGGAAUGAGCGUGUGCGUCGGCGCAAGGUGUUCGCAGACGAAGAACUGACGGAGGUGCCGCUGCCAGCACCCGCGCGCCCCGCACUACCGCCCGCGCCCGCCGCGCUUUGCUCGCACUUGCUGGCCGCCAUACUCAGCAAUUACGGUCUGCCCCCACCCGCACCGCCUUCAUCACCCCGCACACGAUCCAAGAUAUCCUUCUCUAUUGAGUCCAUUAUUGGCGUAAAGUAAUAAUUCAUUUCUCAAGUUUACAUGUAAUUUAAUCAGAUCAAGUUUAUUC